GAUUGUUUUUACGGACGGACAUGUUGUAAUGAGGAGGUUUAAUCAUAGCUAAAACUAUGAUUUUAUGAUACUUUAACGUUUAAAAUAAAAAAGUGGUAUUGUGAAAAUAAGUAUCUAUUAUGUAGGGUAUUGAACGUUUGAAAUCAGAUCGAAUAGCGGGUGUAUAGCCUGCGUUCUGCGGCUGCGUUAACCGUUAUUGCUCACGCGCCUCCUCCGCUUGUUAUUUUGGACACAAGCCUCGCAGAGUGAGUCAGAGAAAAUGUUCCCGACGACUCGCCACCUGUCCAGAGUGCUGCAGCUCACUCUGGCGGUCAUUAAGCCUGAUGCUGUUGCUCAUCCGUUGAUGAUGGAGGCUCUUCACCAGAAAAUUCUAGAUAACGAUUUUAAAAUUGUCAGAUGCAAGGAUCUGGUGUGGGAACGGCAGGACUCGGAGAAGUUUUACGCCGAGCAUUCAGGCCGAUUCUUCUAUCAAAGACUUGUUGAAUUUAUGUCGAGUGGUCCGAUGAGAGCGUAUGUUUUAGCCAGAGAAGAUGCAAUCCGUCACUGGAGGGGACUGAUGGGACCGACCAAAGUGUUCAGAGCCAGAUACACCGACCCGAAUUCUAUCAGGGCCCAGUUUGGGCUCACAGAUACAAGAAACACAACUCAUGGCUCAGAUUCUCCAGAGUCGGCUCAAAGAGAGAUAAGCUUCUUCUUCCCAGAUUUCCACACGGCAGACUGGAUGGAGAAAGAAGAGCCGCUGUUCAGAUCAGGAAAGAUGACCUAUGACCAUCAGAACCAGGUCCAUGUUUUAUCAGCAGCAACACAACCUUAAGAUGACUCAGUUUAUAUGAAGUCAUGUUGGACCUUAAAGCUUUAUUGGAUGAAAAAAAA